GAGAGUCGUGAGGGUAGUCAUUGUCGAUUUUCGCCAGUGGUGAGGUAGAGUGGUAAGGCACGGUCAGAUUCUGCUUUCCAGGCUUGCCCAUCAAAAUUGCCAACAUUUUAAUCGCGUUUCCCGCUUCACUUCGCGAAUACAACAAAUCCAGCUUCCCCCUCAUCCUAUUUCAUCCAUAUGCCUCAGUCAAUUUCUCCUCAUUGCAUCAUACUCUCCAGGAUGAGUGGAAAACGCCACAGAAGCGUCCUCAAGGAUAUUCGCAAAGGGCACGCCUCUCCUAUCUUCAACAAGCUGGUCUGAAGAUGAAAACACCGACAAAAGCGACUGUUGGGUCAACUAGUCCAAAAAGCAAUGGCGACUAUGUCCCGAUACACUACGAACAACCUGGUGGCAGGUCGUCUACAUACUGGUUACAUAUAGUUACUUGGGCAGUAGCUCGCAACAUGGACCCUCAUCCUGGAGAUGCUAUCUCGCACCUCUGUCAUGUCAAGGCUUGCUUCAACCCUGCUUACUUGCUUGCAGAGCCUGUGGUAGAAAGUGGAGACCGCGAAGGUUGUCUGGAACAGCUCAUACGCUGCUCGCGCCAUCCCUACUACAAAUCAGGCGAAUCCGGCUAGCCAACAGAGCUCAGCCCUGAUUUUUUUGUCUGCUGGAAUCAACCGGAUCGUGUGUUUGUCUGUUGGAUGGCUAAUGGCAUAUCGGCACACGGAGAUGUGGUUGGUAGAGGAGGAGGCUGUGGCUUUUGAUAUUUCUCGUUUGAUCUCGUAGAAGUUUUCAGUUUUGAAGUGGUUCAUCUCAAAGCAUCGGGACGGCCCCGCUCUUUUCAGCUGACGAGGCCUUUUUCCAGCCAACCAAACGGGGCCGUUGAUCUCUCGUUUCUGCAGAUGACCUCAUCCUGGAGGGCACGAUAAGAGCGAUAAGCACCCAAAGGGGCAUAGCGGGGUGUGCCAAGGACGCAUCGGCAGGAAAUUGACUGUUGGCUGACGCUGAAUUCGACGGGAUUCUCGUUUUCCCCGUGGGCGGCUCAGCCACCGUGCCUUUGUUUUUGUGCUGCCAUGGCUGCCCCUGGUCGCUGCAUCUGCCCAACUGCUUUGACACGAGCUUUUCCCAGGCGGCGCUGUUUUCGGCAGACCCUCCCCCCCACUCGCCGUCGAAUUGCCUGUCUCCAUCCAUCAUCAAUCAGCCAUCAACCUCCUUCUAGCUUUUGCGCAAUUUGAUCUGUUCUUUGUUGAUCUGUCUGUCUUACCAAGAACUGUUGGAUGGCAUCGUGCUAGGAACCUGUCGGUCGCUGUCAACAACAAUCUCUGUCACUCGUUUAUUACUCUUGUGCCCUUCUCACGUAACCCCAGCCAGCCCCCGUCACCCGCUCCAUCUCCGCUAAUCCAAUUGGGACGAACACUUUCGAAAGCUUGAAUGCGCACGACCAUCGAUUCGGAACCUCGAACCAACGACCGUCGCCGUCGCCGUUGCCGUCGCCCGUUAUCGAGGGCCGCCCGGCCAUCCUCACGCUGACUCAGGCCUGGCCACCGUUGGAACCACGACAGGAGAAUGCAAGUCUGAACAAAACUGGGCCAAAACCACACCGUCGCCGACCGUCUCGUUUGCUCGCCAGCCGCCAUCAAACCGUCGACCACCCAUUAACAAGCUCCGAACAGCCUUCAUCCCAUAAUCCCGACCGAUCCAAAGCCCUUCCGCCCCGGUCGGGCUUCCCAUCAACCAAGAUGUGGCUUCCAUCUUUGAACCCUCUUUUCGCCAUCUCCACUCUCGCUACCCUCCUUCUACCCGUCGUUGUUACCGCAGAAUCUGUCCUCCGAUCGAGUUCGUUGGCCGCCUGUCAGGCAAGCUCGGGCUUCACGGCCAGUCUCUUCGAUGUCGUCUUCACGCCCAACAACAGGACCGUUGCAAUCGACCUGCUGGCCACAUCAUCCAUCGAGGGCUAUGUGUUGUUCGACAUUACCAUCAUCGCCUAUGGCUACAAGGCAAUUCAAACCACGGUUGAUCCCUGCGAGGCCAAAAUCAUGGGGUUAUGUCCCAUGGUAUCAGGAAAGAUGACGCACCCCUUCAACCUGGGACCCUUCGACAAAGAGGCGCUCGAUGUCAUCCCAGGCAUUGCCUACACAUUCCCCGACUUGGAUGCGACUGUCAGGGUCUACAUCAACAUGACGUCCGGAGAGAACAAGGGUCAGACCAUCGCGUGUCUGGAGGCUGAUGUAUCCAACGGAAAGACUGUUGAUCUUAUUGGCGUGAAAUGGGCUGCGGCUGCGGUGAUCCUCGUGGCUUUCAUCGCAUCCGCCAUCGUUGCGGGCCUGGGCUUCACCAAUGCCGCCUCCCAUAUUGCUGCCAACACCUUGGCUCUGCUCGCCUACUUCCAGUCUCAGGCCAUGAUCGGCCUCUGCAGCGUCUCGCUACCUCCCGUUGUGCAGUCAUGGACUCAGGAUUUUCAGUGGACUAUGGGUAUCAUCAGGGUCGGCUUCAUCCAAACCAUCCUGACAUGGUACCAGCGCUCCACUGGCGGAACAGCCUCCGUCAUUUUCGACACACUCAGCAUCGUGUCGGUUCAGGUUGAAAAGAUGAAGCGCUCAUUGCCGGUGCUGGAGCCUGCCGUCCAGGCCAUUCAGAAAAGGGUGACCGAUAUUGCUCACCACGGCAGCACUCUUGGAAAGCGUUCUUACGAAAAGACCGAGUGGGGCAGCUACAUCGUUUAUGGUAUCCAAAGAGUUGCCUUCCGGGCCCGGAUUGAGACAACUAACCUGUUUUUGACCGGCAUCACGUUCUUCUACAUCUUGUGCUUGGUCUUGGUCAUUCUGGUACUGCUAUUCAAGGUGGGCGUGGAAUUGGCUGUCAGGCUCAAGGUUUCCAAGGGCGACCGGUUUUCCGAGUUCAGGACUGGGUGGUUGACAACCUUGAAGGGCAUCCUCUUCCGCCUUACCUUGGUCUGCUUCCCCCCUGUUGUUAUCCUUUGCCUGUGGGAGUUUACGCAGGUCGACUCGCCGGGCGCCGUUGUUCUCGCCGUGUUCUUCCUUUUCAGCAUGCUCGGCGCCUUGAGCUACGCUGCUUUCAAAAUUAUCCAAAUCGCCCGGCGCAGCGUCGCGCUCCACCGCAACCCAGCCUACAUUCUGUUCUCGGAGCCUCGCGUUCUCAACAAAUGGGGCUUCUUGUACGUUCAGUACCGCGCUUCGGCUUACUACUUCAUCGUCCCGACACUUGUCUACAUCCUGGUUAAGGGCAUGUUUAUUGCGCUGGCCCAGCGCUCCGGUGUCGUCCAGGCUGUCGCCCUGAUCAUCGUUGAGGCAGCUGCCCUCAUCACCGUCAGUGUGAUCCGUCCCUUCAUGGACAAGUCGACAAACUCUUUCAACAUCGCCAUUUGCUCCCUCAACUUUGUCAACGCCAUUUUCCUCUUCGUUUUUACCGAUGUGUUUGGUCUUCCCGGUCUUGUGAUUGGAGUGGUUGGUGUCGUUCUUUGGAUUGCCAACGCCGCCUUUUCGCUGAUUCUCCUGCUCAUGCUCAUCAUUACCACGGGUAUCAUUCUGUUCCACAACAACCCCGACACACGAUACCAGUUUAUGAACGACGACCGCACAAGCUUCAUCAAGUCCCAGACGCACAUCGCCACGACCUCGGAGUUGGAUGCGUUGGCCGCUACAGCGCGCGGAACUGGCAAGACGAUCGACUUGGACGAUGACGAGAGUGCCCGGUCGAGCCCUGCCAAUGUCGGUGGGCUCCCACGCCCUGGCACAGCAGGAUCCAACACGAGUCCCAAUCGGUAUUCCCUCAAGAGCGUCAGGGACUCGGCGAGGAAUAGCGUGAGGAGUUCCAUGAUUGUUCCAGGCGGUGUCUACAUGUCGGAGAAACCGGGUGGACAGGGCCACCACCUGAGAAAUCAGCCCAGUGGGAGUGUCAGGGCACCGAGCCCCUUGACGGCGUCGGGGAGCGACGGGAGUUUACCAAAGACUUCGUCACCACCAAAGCCGCAAGGUGGAAAUCAAUGGCAACGUGGCGCCGGGUACGACUAGAGCGGUUACCCGCGUGAUUUCCUUGUUUCUCGAUAUUCCCUUGAAUCUGUUUGCAUAUCCGGUAUUUAUUUCUGUUUUGCUAUGGGCCGUAAAUCUUUUUAGUGUCGCGUCGCACCUCGUCGUCAAUCUGGGAAAACCUUUCCCUUUCAUUUUCGCUCCAAUGUCGUCGCGAAGCAGCGCGCGUGUAUGGGUGGGCUGUUGGUCAUGCCUUUGCUGUGUUUGGGUGAGGAGGGACAUUUGUGUAUAUAGACUCUGCUCUGUUAUUUAUGGGGACGGACAGGAAGGGACAUCAUCCUCAACAACUUCUUGUCUAUCCUUUGAAAGUUGGAAAUAUUUGUCUAGGAAAACAGGUUCACCUCUGUUAUCAUUUUGUCAUUUCUGUCGUCAGAUACCUCGCGAAGGAGUUUCCGGAUGUAGAUAGGGGCUUUGUGGAAAAAUGGACUCCUCUUGGGUUUUUUUUUACCUCCGGUUAUCGAUCUCUGCUGCAAAUUCGUUCCUGUUUUAUAUUAGGUUGAUACCUUGUACAUGUAGGUUCUAGGAAGCUGCCUGCAUCCGCUUAAAAAGUUG